AAAGACCUGUGGUCAGCGGAGAACUUCAUCAGUGUAUCAAAUCCAAGAUGGCGGACAAAACACGUUUCAUGCAGCCUUGAAAAAAUAUGCCAGGAGCGAGGCACUUACGCGGCACUGUCGCUUCACGGUAAUGUUUUAUGGGUUUGAAAUGUUUUCAGAGAAUAUUUCAACAGCGAAGUUUGGGCUUAUGUCUUUUGACUUAACGAUGCACAUGUAUGUUUUGUUAGGCAGCUACAUGUAACUCAGACCACCGUUGCUGCAUUGUUCUGUUAAAAAUCCCAGGGUUUCUCGGUGUUAUGUACUUGAAUAAGCGUGGAAACGUCGUAGAACAAAUUUUCGUUUUAUUUUAUAACAAAGAAAGCAGUGCAAAAUUGCACACUACAUGAAAAACAAUAAAAAAUGACACUCUAAUUUUGUUAUGCACCUAUCAAUGGUUUGCCCCAGGAUGGGGGCCGGGCAACCCACGGGAAAUUUGACAUUUUCAGGUUUUCAAAUGUCAAUCUCCCCAUCCUUGGGUCUCCAUUGUAAGUCAAAUUCCCACCCCUGGGACCUUCAUAGACCUUCAUAGUAAGUUAAACGAAAUGAUAGGCACUCACAACAAGUUUAUUGCAGCACUCCUCCAGACACAACACUGAUUUGAACCAACAACGAUUAAACAAGAUCCUCUCAAAACAAUCCAAAUUGUAUUUCUUGUAGACAAAAAUUUUUUGGGGUAGAAUUAUUAAAAAAUUGACAUAGAAAGUAUCAAAAAAUAAGAUUAUUUAAUGAAGCACUAUUUGUCAUUGUUUGUGAGAUUUGGCACAGGUUUCUGGAUUCAUCUUCUAUGUCACGCCUGGAAUAGGUCGUAUUCCGCUUUCAUGCAACUGAUGUUUGUAACUGAGGUCCACAAUUGACCAGAAUUUCAUUUAAUUUAACAUUUGGAGUAUACUAGCAAAUCUAUAAACACAGAGAGUAUCGAAAACUUGAGGCAGGGCGGCAUCCUCUGAAGACGGGUAAGUAGGAAGUGAAUUUUGAUCUAAAUGAGCUCUUGUGCGAAUAUUUCUUCUCAAAGCUGAAGGAAAAAUACCUUAUGUUAUUAGAACUUUAAAGACAGAGCACUGAUGGGCAUAAAAAACAACAUUUUUGCUUAAAAAAAAAAGCAACACGAUACUCCUUACCUUUCGCUCAGACAUCCUUGGACGCGGGAAACUUGUUAAGCGCAGGGAGCAAGGAGAAGGCAAGACUAGCUCUGUUUGAACAAUCUGAAUUAUCUAGAAACCUAAAAAGGUUGUAAACAGAGUUCAUACAGAGUCUUGAAUUCUUGAAAAAGUCUUGAAAUUUGCCCAGCAAUUUUCCAGACCUGGAAAACGUCUGGAAAAUAGAGAUAUACCAUUAAGUUCUGAAAGUAAUGACCCCCCAAAAGGAGUGACCCUCCAAAAGUAGCAAUGAAAAUUUACAGGUGUUAGCAGGGUUGUCACUAAGAUUUCAAGUUUCCGGGUAAAUACAACAAGUAGGCGGAGAAUCAAACGGCUAGGCAUUUCUUGUGGUUCUAUUUUUCUUCUAUUUUCCAACAAACGUAGCUGGGGGCCACUCUCCUAGUAGCCGGGGAAAAUCCCCGGCCCCCGGCUCUUAAUGACAACCCUGUGUUAGCAAAUCCCGAAAGUAUCGAUUUCUGAAAACUAGUUUCCUUUUUGGAAAAAAUUAUGGAUAUGAUAGAUAUAAAACGGUAUGCCAAACUUAUCUAAGGUUUGUUUUUAAUGAUUGUAAUGAUUUUUGACGUUCCCACAUAACUCUUUAAGCAAAUGAUGUACGCUACAUUUUGUUUUAAAAAGUAUUCCUUUCUCUUCUGAAUAACUGUUGCUUGCAUAAUAGGGAUAACGUAUUUAAACCUUUUAAUCUAGUAAAAACGGCCCAUGUGGAGUACACCUUUAAGCUGCCUGAAAGUAGCGACCCCCUGAAAGUAGCGACCCUCCGAAAGUACCGAUAGAGAAAGGCUGCUAAAUCCAAAAGUAAUGAGGGUUGUUACUUUUGGAACUUUAUGGUAAAGUCUGGAAAACUGGUUAAUGGUUAAAAGUCUUGAGGUCUCAUUUAACCUCGCCCGCACGUUUGCAGUGCAGAUCAUGAAGAAAGCUUGGUUCCUGUCUUUUGUUAAGGUCCAUAUUGAUUACCUAUUUGAUAACCUCCAGUCUGGAAAAAGAAAUUGUUGUUUUGGAAAAAAGGUCUGGAAAAUUUCUUGAAUUUUGGAUCCAAUUAUCUGUGUGAACCCAGUGUAGAGUAACAUUGUCAAAUGUAAUACAGAUAAUAAUUAUUGUAAAAGAGACAAAACUAACAUAUUUUUGCGAAUGAAUUGACAUAUGCAGAACUUAAAAAUACAACAGUAACAUUGUAUAAAAUCGUACUUAUUUGUAGCUAAUUGGCCACAAAACCACAAUCUUUCAAUCCCUCUGAAAUUGUUCCAAAGCAUGUCUAGCUCAUCUCACAAGCAAUAAUAUAAUCGACAUUUAAUCAACAUAUAAUCGAGGCUGUGGUUUAAAUUCCUCACACUUAUGCAUGGGGAUCAAAUUCCCCACCUCCUAGAAGACUGAUUGACAAAUUCCCUUCCCCCAAGACAGCAAAGGUCUCAAAUGCCUGGGGUAUGCACAGGGUAUGUUGAAGCUCUGAUUUGACUUAGACAAUAGUGCUAUCCUUUGGGUAAAUCAUUUUCUAUUGGAUAGGUAUGGGGGAAGCCAAUACCAUCCACUGGAUAGUGAUUUAUCUGGCAAUAUCAACACUGCAUGAACAAACUGACAUAAUGAGAAAUGUCAAGGACAUGAAAUGACCUACUGUUAAGUAGAAAUAAUAGUAGACAUGAUUAACAAUAAGAUUCCUUGAAGUAUAUGUUGGUGUCCAAAAUGUUCAAUUGGAGACAAAAAGUUUUUCUAUCCAUGGUCACCACCUGACACCCGACUGAAAAAGUUAAUUUUAAGCCCGUGCCUUUUCCGUUCAACAAAUUUCAACCUGUUGAGGAAUGUUCAUCAAUGCAAAUGUUUUCUGCAUAUUCAACAAAGCUGCCACAUCACCCACCAUUUUUUUAGCUUGCUUAAAGGAUAUUCUUCACAAGUAACAUUGGCUAUUUGCUUUUUAAUUUUUAGCGUUCGUAACCUCCUUCGGUCAGGGGCUAUUAAAAAAGCAUGGGAACCAGUAUGGUUUCCAGUUGUGGAAGCUUUCUCCCCAUUACUGGAGACCAAAGUAAACAGAAAAGCUGAAGCUGGAAGAAUGCAAAAGAUCAUCUACCCCGAGGAUAAAUUCAGAAAGUAAGGAUUCAUUUCUGCAGAUGUUUUAAAAUAUUUAAGGAAAUGGCACAUUUAGGAGUCAAAAUAAAAUUUACAAAUUUUCCUUGGAUGCACAAAGCCUACCCUGUCAGAAGAGGCCCUUCAGUCUUCUAAGGAAAGUGAAGAAGAUCUCCCCAACCUUCAAAGAAUAUGUAAGGGCUUGUGCUCACAGGGUACACAAAACCAACCUCCCUGUCAUGAUCAGCAGUCAAGCUAUCAGAAAAAUGUUCAUGUAUUUUCUUGGAUCUACAUACCAGUACAUGCAUCAUGUGACAUUAUAUAUUCUGCGUUUGGAGCGGAUGCAAGGCUGGAAAUCACACUGAACAGGUGCUAGCUACAACCAGUUGCAAAAUAGUUGAGGCACUUUGCAUUAAAAUUGUUUUUACAAAUACAGUGCAUCACCAAGGAAGAACUCUUGCAAGUGCAAGAGAUUUCCCCCUCUCCUUCUUUCAUAGUUGUCCCUGCAAGUUUUGAAUACAUGUAUUUCAUGCAAUUGUUACUACCUUCAAUUGAUAACAGGGGAGGAGGCAGGAAUCAUGUGAAGUCUAUUUUAUCAAAAUUUUUUGGUUUUAAUAGUUACAGUGUCUCAAGCUUUUUGCCAGCAACAUAGAACCACAUGAUUUACAUACGAAAGGCAGGAAGAACUGCAUUAAAGCAGAGUUAACUUGAGCUAAACUCACCUACAAUAAAAAAUUAUUGUUACCUUCUGGUAAAAUUACCUUCAAGGGGAUUAAGACAAGAGAGAAAAUAAUUUAUCAUCAACCCCAAAUUUGGUGAGAAAAAGUAGGUUUUCUUUUACUACCAGUAACUCUCUUUUCCUACAUAUAGGUCUUCCCUUUGAUUAACUCUAAUAAAUCUGUUUUUUUCUUCAUUUUUAUCAGGCAGUUCCAGGAGCAAUUUCAAACCAAUCAGCCAUUGUACCAAUGGAAAGAUACAGCUCCUUCCCACUGUGACAGGUAACUAGCAAUAAACACAUCCUUUCUGUCAAAAUCCUUUUUCAGACUUGAUGUCUUUUAUGGUGAUCCAUAGAAAGACUAGAAAGUUAGAAAAUAAUAUUAUUAACUUAUAUCAUUGUAAUAAUAAUUGCAAAAGUAUUAUUUAUGCUGGGAGUGAAUGAUUGGUAGCAAACUAUGGCUAGCAAUAUUUGUUGCUAGUCUGCACCUCAGUUGUUAAGCCAAAUUGUUUUUGAAGCUAAUACAUCCCGUACGUGGGUGACUCCCGGGAGUCGGAUAGUGACCUACAUCAUCAUGAAAAGGAAAUGUUUUUGUCAUCCUAAAUAUUAACUAGAAAUAUGUGAAUUGCAGAACCUCAUGAGGUAGACAUACCGGUAGUUAACCCAUUCGCUCCUGGAGAUUUUGCCGAAAAACGCGUUUUGAAGCUAGUCGAGUGGUUUUCUGGUCACUGUCGUGCUAUAAAGAGCUAAAACUUACCACAAACCGGUUUACAGGUCGUACACUUGGCGGCCUUCUGAUCCAGAUGCAAAACAUCAGCUUGCGAAGUUCGGGCAUGCGCAGAAAGCAAAAUUUCGAGAUAGUUUUUGGGUUUAAAAGUGACACAGCAGUCUUGACUUUUACUUUUCGCUUUUUCUCCUCCCUUCUUUUUUCGCUUUUCUUGCCUCAUUUUUUUUUCUCUUGCUGGGCAUUUAGUAGGCUUCAUUUUGGUGGGAAGAGUUUUUGGGAAAGCUUUUAGCAUCUUAGGAUUAGGUGAAAGGAAAGGUAGGUGGGCAAUGGGACAAGAUUUUCAUGGAGAUUUUCAGGUCAAUGUCACGUGGUUUUUUGCUUCUUUCUCCGGUGUCCUUGACUGAAUUGUGCUCAUUCUGGUAUGGUUUGAAAGAUCUCUUCACUCUACACAAGUUAGCGAAGAAAGUUGUCCUUGACCGUUAAAACUGAUGACGUCACAAAGGCUAGAAAGGACCUGGAUCCGCACGGGCGGUUACAGGCGGUUCAGGGGCAAAUGGGUUAAUUACCAUUGUCUUAGCCCAUCAAGUCCAUCUGCUCCUACUGAAAGUUCUCCUUUGUUUAAGAUUGUAGAAAGAGAUCUAAGGGAUGCACCAUCUUGGAUUGUGUUAGACAGCAUGGCCUCCUAUGGGUGGUCUGAUUUAGUUUGAUUUGAAAUUGAUUAUAAGCUGUAUUGAAAGAACAUUUAGCAAAACGGUAGCUCAGUAGCUCAACUAGGAUGAAAAACACAAAAUGAAGCUGUUUAAUAUUUAUUAAGCAAUGAUCAAUGUUCAAUGUUCUUUUGGAGGUGCUUCCUGCCAAUUUCUUGUUAGACAGAACCUAAUGCAUAGAAGACGAUGCUGCAUACUAUAUAUUUGUACAUGUAGUACAUGAUCCAAAAUUGCCACCUGGGGUUGGGGGGGGGGAGAGUGGGGGGCUCUCAACAAAGAUUUACCUUACCUUUUUCCGACAAAAAGGUACCCCUUUCACAUACUUUCCAUUGAAAAAUGGUACCUUUCUUAACGUGCCCCCUAAAUAAGAAAAAUCCCGAAAACAGGAAACCUUCUUGUCAUUUUUGUGUAACGGUUAAUAAAUUAAAGUGAUAUAGCCAUAAGGUACGUUUUUGGAAACAAUUUAAAUUAAGGAAUUGUUAAAAACUUGCAAUAAAUAAAAUUAUAAAUUAAUUUUUCUAAUCCUUUCAUAAACUUCAUCUGUUCAAUUCCCUACCCUUUGAUAUACAUGUACCUAAUCCCUAGAAAAAGGUACCCCUUUUGGGCGGAGCCUUCCUGUAUAAAGCAUUGUAGGGAGUGACCCCCUCCCCCUGGGUAUUUUGUCUCUACAGGAGAGUUCCAUUAGGAUCAGAUGGACUUUAAAGAAACUGCUCGAAAUUAUAAUGGAGAGUUAUAAUUAUUAAAAACGUUGUCAUCUUUUUAUUUGUGAUAUGUAAAAAUAUGAAGAACCUCAAGGCUUUUUGUACUGACCUUGUUCUUUCUAUGGAUUAUCAUAAUUUAUUUUUAAAAAGUUAUAGUUUGUUUUGUUUUCAGUUUUGUAGAGACCUGUAUGCAGCUUGUUCAUCAGGGAAUGAGUGAUGAGGAAGCUGUUGAAAAUGCUAUCAAGACACUUGAAUUUGGAAAGAAAAAAGUAGCAGUGGGCAUGAGUGAUGUAUGCGUACUUAAGUCAUUAUGAUGAUAAACUUAUAAUCUGCUAUAAUAAUAUUUUAUUGAGAGAGAAAUUGUUUGUCAUGAAGUGAUGAUUAAAUCAUAAAAAUCAAUGAUCUGAAUAAAGUUUCUUUGUGACUUUCACUGUUAAAUGCAAAUAAUUGAAAUAUUGAAAUAUUGAAAUAUUUGAUGUUCUCAAGUAGAUUGAUAGUGUCUUAUCUUUCUUUGAUUGAUUCCCUAUUUGUUAUAAAUGAAAAAAUGACCAAAGCAAGUUUUUUUGAUGCCUUAUUACUUGCGUUUCUGGCGUUUCUUUACCUCUUAUGUUGGUGAAAUAAACUAAAUAAAUUCUUUCACACCUGACAUUUCUGAUCUUUAACCUUAUGAAUCCAAUAAAACCAGCUGUACAGUGAAAGAGUAAUCCAGAAAAAUUCUUACACCCCCUGAAGCUGCAGAUCUUCAAUCUUAUGAGUCAGUAAUUUCUUUUUUCACUGAGCUGAGCCAGGCAAAGGUGAACCAGCUUGAUGUAAAAAUAAAACCAUUCAAGUGGGUGCAUAUGCACAUACCUGUGCAUAAUGUGUACUGUCCUAUCACGCUGUCCUAAUAGUGCUGAAAUCAGGGCUGUUGAUAGCCAAUCAGAUUAAAGAAUUUUGUCAUAGUUACAAUUAAUAGAGGUUUUUGACGGUACCUACUAUGUCAUCUGGAAAUUAAUAUUUAGUUAUUCCCUCUAUGUUCAUAGGAUGACUUGGAAGUAGAUGAUGUCUUAAAUUACAAGGACUUUGAAGCCGAUUAUCCCCCAGAUGACAAACCACCAGAGUUGAAAUAAUUGGCAGGCAGUCAGCUAGUAAGAUAAUAUUUAUAACAGUUUGAAAAAGGUUGUUAGAACAGUGACCAGAUAAACUUGUGACUUGCUUGCCUCAAUCUGGUCAAAUUGAGCUUUUUGCUUUUUAUGUAAUAUUUUCAAAUUUGUCUGCUUGUGUCAACCUAGCUAGCCUUCUAUGCAGAUGCCCUUUUGGGUCCUGAUUCAAAAUCUGGUAUUACCUGACAAGCCAGUAGGACUUCUGCUUAGGAGACUUUUUUUAACCUUGAACCCUACAUCUCAUUUUUCUCGUAAGUCAUUGUGCAAAUAAAUCUUGUUAUAUUUAUUGACGAUGAGACCAUGGAUUGUUAAAGAACUAGACACCAUAUUGGUGUUCACUGGGCUGCAUUGGUCUAAAUAAAUAUACAUAUUUUCACCAGAGUAGAAAGCCAAGGGAAUACUCUACCCUACCCGGGCCUCGGCUAAUCUUCAUCGUUACAAAUUAAUCCCAAAAACUUAAAGGAGUUCAACAAAAUAAUCGCUAGGUUGGUGGCAAAAUUUAAAAGUGGCCUUCUUUAGCCAUUUGAACUUAAGAUUGCAAGUUGGAAGACCUGCAUGGAACAGCUAUAAUGUGAUGACACAGUCAGAGUUCUAAAGAAUUUGGUUUUGGAAGGCUUUACGAUUAGCCUUCUCCCGCACGAGAUUGCAGUAAAAAAAUGAGAAAGGUUUGAAGAAAUACACAAUCAAAGUCAUAGUCAC